GCGAAAAAAAGGUAAAAGUUUGGUUUGACAUGUAAUGAACAUCUAUAAGUUAUUUAAAUCCAUGUCGAUCAACUGUUGAUGGGAAAUAUUAGAUGAGUAAAGAACGAAAUGGGCAAACCAGCUAAAAUAAAGGCAGGAAGAGUUGGACCACCACCAUUAAAAGAUGGCAUCUUAUAUGUUAAUGCAUAUCAAGAAGAUCAAAUGGAAAUUUACGGGUAUGCUAAGAACAAAGGUAAAGAAAUCUGCAUGUGGAUUCUAUACUUCUUGACAGUAGGUUUACUACGGUUAUUUUUCUUCUGGUACCCAUAUCUGAUGAUAGCAGCCACACAUGAGGAAAGUUCUUUAAAACAUGCAGUAGUUGUUGUGCUCAAGGACCAGUAUAAUCAAUGGUUUGUGGCCAAAGUUAAAUUUAAAGAGAGGAAUGGAAGGGAUGUCCAAAACCCAGAGAUCGGAAAGGAGAACAAAGUAGAAGUUAUAUCUUAUAAGAAAGGACAUUUACCAAAUACACCACUUAAACAGGGAGAUGUAGUAAGGGAACAGAGUCUUAUUAGAUUUUUUAUAACAAAGAAAGUGAAGUAUGUGUGGAACACAAGUUCUCAGGAAUUUGAGAAGGCAAAAGGAUUAGACCAUUCGACAAGAUGCUCAUACUUCCAUGAAGCUUCAGGACUUAGUCAUUUAGAACAGUCUCAAAGGAGAAAUGUAUAUGGCAGUAAUUCUAUUCAGAUCCAUGUGACACCAAUAAUCACAUUACUAUUCAAAGAGGUGUUAUCUCCAUUCUACAUAUUCCAGUUAUUUAGUUGUUCUCUGUGGUAUGCUGAUGAAUACUAUUAUUAUGCUUCCGCUAUCGUCCUAAUGUCAGUCAUAUCUAUAACAGUCACUAUUGUACAGACUAGGCAGAUGCAAAGAGCUUUGCGAAAUACGAUUGAUUCCUCCAGUAUAGUUACUGUUUGUAGAGGUGGUGAUGAAUACAUUGAAAUAUCGUCUGAAGAUUUAGUCCCAGGUGAUGUGAUAGAAAUACCAAGAAAUGGGUGUAUCAUGCAGUGUGAUGCUGUAUUAGUGGCAGGCAAUUGUAUUGUCAAUGAAAGUAUGCUGACCGGUGAAAGUGUACCAGUAACAAAGACCCCAUUACCUAAUCCUAAAAUGUCUAAAUCUCAGGAUGAUAUUUUUUUCAACAUUAAGGAACAUUCUCGUCAUGUUUUGUUUUGUGGCACUCAUAUCAUUCAGACCCGUUAUUAUGGAACCCACAAAGUUAGAGCUGUUGUCUUGAGAACAGGUUUUACAACAGCUAAAGGAGAACUUGUCAGAUCCAUCAUGUAUCCGAAGCCAGUAGACUUCAAGUUUAACAGAGAUACAUACAUAUUUGUUGGAGCUCUGGCAGCCAUUGCUGGUAUAGGAUUUAUCUAUACAAUUGUAUUGAUGGUGCAAGCAGGAGAACAUCCAUCAGACAUUGUAAUUCGUGCCCUUGACCUGAUAACAAUAGCAGUGCCACCUGCCUUGCCAGCAGCACUCACUAUUGGAAUUGUGUUUGCCCAGUACAGAUUGAAGAAACAACUUGUAUACUGCAUUAGCCCUAGAAGUAUCAAUGUCAGUGGCAGUAUCAAUGCUUUCUGUUUUGACAAGACUGGUACCCUCACAGAAGAUGGCUUGGAUAUGCAUAGUGUUGUUCCUGUGGAAAAUGACAAUUUGAACAAGGAGUACACUGACUUGAGUAAAGUUGACAAUGACAGUUUUAUAUCUGCAAUGGCAACUUGCCAUUCUUUAACUCUGAUAGAGGGUGUUCUAAGUGGUGACCCAUUAGAUCUUAUCAUGUUUGAAGCUACAGGAUGGGAACUUAUUGAGGAAGGAGAAGACUCGUCCAAGUUUGACAUGAUUGCACCAACCAUCGUCAGGCCAAAAUCUGAUGAAUCAAGAUCUUUUGACCAACACUUUAAGCCAUUACAGAAGGAGAUUGGAAUUAUACGUCAGUUUACAUUUUCCUCCAGUCUACAAAGAAUGUCUGUGAUUGUGAGAAUGUUAGGAUCACAACAUUUUGAUCUGUUUGCAAAGGGAGCUCCAGAAAAAAUAAUUCAACUGUCUAAACCCGAAACAGUUCCUAAUGACUACCAUGACAAGUUGAUGAAGUAUACACAGCAUGGGUACAGAGUUCUUGCCCUUGCUUGGAGACAGUUGCCAGCUAAGCUUAAAUAUACUAAAAUUCAAAGAAUUCAAAGGGAACAAGUUGAGAAGGGAUUAACCUUUCUUGGAUUUUUGGUAACCGAAAAUCGGGUAAAACCUGAAACUACACCUGUCAUAACACAGCUAAGGCAGGCCAACAUUAGAACUGUUAUGGUUACAGGAGACAACAUGUUAACAGCUUUAAGUGUUGCUAGGGAGAUUGGUAUGGUUCCACCUAAAGAGAGGAUUGUGUUAGUUCAAGGCUAUCCAGAAUCAGGCAAAACUGAUGCUUAUUUGGAGUUUGUUUAUGCAGAGGAAUACAAACAGGAGUCCACUAAAACAGGAUCUUCUUCUAUAGAGGAAGUUACAGUAGACAUUUUACCAAGGGAUGAUGGAAAUACUUUCCAUUUUGCUAUUGAUGGCCGUUCUUGGUCAGUUGUAAGGACACACUUUGAUGAUCUGCUUCAAAAGUUAUGUGUACGGGGAACAGUAUUUGCUAGAUUUUCUCCAGAACAAAAGGGACAGUUAAUAGAGACAUUACAAGAAUUAGGUUACUUUGUUGGGAUGUGUGGAGAUGGAGCCAAUGAUUGUGGGGCCCUGAAGACAGCACAUGCAGGGAUAUCUCUUUCUGAGGCAGAGGCAUCAGUUGCCUCUCCAUUUACCUCUAAAAAACCAAAUAUAGAAUGUGUUCCUACACUUAUCAGGGAAGGUCGAGCAGCUUUAACAACAUCAUCUGGGAUCUUUAAGUAUAUGGCUAUGUACAGUUUAACACAGUUUCUGACAGUUUGUAUAUUGUACUGGAUCUCUAACAACUUGACAGAUUUUGAAUUCCUAUAUAUAGAUCUGUUUAUACUUACCACGCUUAGUAUAUCAUUUGGAGCCACUGGAGCCUAUGGGAAAUUACAUCCAGAACCUCCACUGAUAAACCUUUUCAGUAUUGGACCAAUCCUGACUCUAAUUUUACAGACAGUGAUACAGGCCGCAGCUCAGGUUUUUGUCUACCUCAAUGUUCAGAAACAACCAUGGUUUACACCAUUUGUUGACAAUGAAGACGAUGCUUAUGAAAGUUACGAGAAUGCUUCUGUAUUUCUGAUAUCAUCAUACCAAUACAUUAUACUAGCUAUUGUCUUUUCGAAGGGAAGGCCAUACAGAAAUACUAUUUUCUCCAAUUAUUUUUUCCUUGUUAAUAUAGUGUUUUGUUUGGCCUGUACAGUAUGGCUACACAUAGAACCACUAGAAUUCUUUAGAGAGUUUAUGGAGUUGGCAGAUAUACCUUCUAUGGAGUAUAAACUAAUUUAUCUGGGAAUUGUUGCAAUCAACUUUGUUCUUUCGUUUUUAGUUGAAUCAUAUUUCUGUGACAGCUACUUAAUCAGCAGAAAAUUACAAGAAAAAAUCAAAGAGAAUUUCUUCAAUAGCCAAUUUAAAUACAAGGCAUUGGAAGAGGAGAUUUCUCAGUUGCCUCACUGGCCACCUGUUUCUUCCACAACGGAUCUUGUUGAAGUUUUCCAACGCAUGGACAGUGCAGCAUCGGUAGACAUUGAUCGUACUAGUUUAAUGAGCAGUCUGGCAGACUCUGCAAGUGAGACUGGGUCACUCAGAAUCAAAAAUAUGGAAAGCACAGCAACACUUGACACCCAGGCAAGCAUGACCACACUCGACACACAGAUCUCUACUGUGGAUGACGAAGCACAGCUCAUUGAGGAUGGGGUAGAUAAUGCUGGAUUUGAGGAAGAUCAACCUGAUAUUGGCUCACAUUCUACAACUACCACAAAUUUAUAAUGAAUUCUUUUUGUGUGUAAUUAUACGCGUACAUUAUUUAAAUGGUUAAUUCCUGGUAUCCUUUUUAUAUAUUAUUUAAAGUUUUUAUAGAAACAAUUAUAUUGUAAUAAAAUGCUUUUAGGCAUAUCUAGAGAAAAAAUCAAGAAUGUCAUAAAGCUUGAAAAAGUGAAAAUAAAAAAAACAAUAUAAUGUUCUUUUUAUUAAAUUUCAUAUUAAUUUAUAAGGUAUUAAAGUAUAAAGUUCGCUUGGUGUGUAAUGCUGUAUAUGUAGGUGCAUUAAGCAUUUCACUAUAUGCAUUUUAAUCUUGAAAUACAAUAACCUUGGGGCAUUAAGAUAUAUAUUAUGUCUCCUAGAUGUUUUUGUAGGUUAAAUUUGGUUCAGGCUGGCUUUUUACAUCGCGAUGACCGUGUACUGCUAUCGCCUAGAUUUCCAUUACGUAACUUUCGUUUUGGGUUUGUAACAGAUCUAUAAACAUGAUAAAUACGCGGAUAUUAACGAGUGCAAAAUAACAUUUCUUAUCGUUUGUUACAAAUACAUUUCUUCAUUCAAUGAAUACUGAUAACAAUAUUUUUGUUUAGAACAUAAAUUAAUAAUUUGAAAAUGUUUUGUCGUUAGAUGUAUAUAUAUAAGUAAAAAAUUUUGAUAUGGUGAAGCAUGCGGAAGAAUAUCUAAAGAACAUUUUGCGACAAUCCCGGCAAGGACCAGUAACUCUGCAUGGAAGAUUGUUUUGCGAGAAAAUAUGAAUGCCUACUCAUAUUCAAUCUUUUAGAAAAAUCGAAUUUUUACAGAAGAGUGUCCACCAUGUACUUGCACUGCUCUCUUAAUAGAAUAGUAGAAUAGAAUGAUAUACAAAUGGAUGAAAAAUAUAAUAAUAUAAUAUAUAACAACAAAUCAGUGUAUACUGAUUUGUAUCACUACAAUAUAAUAGUUAUUACGGUGAUGUUGAAUUUCCUGUCAUUUAUUCAUCAUCCACGCACGAACUUGUCUCAGAAAGAAACGAUCUCUGUACAUUAACCUCAGGUUUAGGUACAGAGAUUUUUUUCUGUGACAAGUGCUUUUGACAAACCACAAAAACUUGCUGUCAUCCGAUGUUCAGUACUUUGAUUAUCUAUUAAAUUUGCUAGUUCCCAAAAUAAUAUAUGACAACUGCAUAUAUAUAAUAUAACAAUGUAUGUAUUAUUCACUAUUGCAUAAAUAAUUAUCAUGAAAUUAAUAAACUUGAUUUUUGUCUAAAUUUAAGUUUCCGUGGAGAGGUGUGUGCAGGCUAUGCAUUAGAAACUGUUUAACACCAUUUGAUGCUUAUUAUCUAGAAGAGAAAAUACAUGACAUUGAGUAGAAACAAUGUCAAUUUCUGCAUGCAUCAUAAUUUUUUUUCUAAACACUGAUUUUUUUUAUUUCUCUAAACAUCAUCAGUAUUAUUGUGCACUAUAUUUUGAUAUGGUUAAUAGAAAUGUGA